CAGAAAACGAAACUAGAUCAGCAAAGCAAAAACAUCCUUUUCUUCGAACGUAAUCCGGUUCCAGAACCUGAUCCUUCAACAAGCUCUCGAAUCGGAUCUGGAUCAGAAAUUCUGGCAAGCAUAUGGAAUUAUGCUCGUACUACCGUAACAAGACGAUGACGAUCAUCGACCCCUCUGCUCCUCCAUGCUUCACCUUACAGCGACAUCAUUUUACCAAAGCCUGUGAGGAGGUGUCUAACUAUUUCGAUUGCGAUUCGGACGGCACAGCGGGCCAUACGGUUUCCUAUAAUUUACCCUGAUCUUUUAUUCACGAGUCUCACAUAUUUAUUUCCAAACCGAAAAUGCCCGAAGAGGUGGAUGGCUCAAUGCAGUGGUUGGUUUCAAAAACCAGGUUUCGAAACUCAACCUUCCACUGUGUGCAUUUCGACGUGUACCAGAGCUGCGAUGAGAAUGCCGCGAACAAAGGCAACUGCAACACCAGCGUCUCCGCAUCAUCAACAAGUAGUCCCCUACGUCGACACCAACCCCUGAUUGAGCAAGUGCAAAAAUCGCAGAUUCUGGACGUGAAGAGAUUCGCGCAUUCUGUCUGCCUCGACCGGCUGAACUACCUCGCACCGUGGCUGGUGUUGAAGGAGUGUGUUUUGUCUUUGGUGCUGUUGAUCCAGGAGCAGAAUGCACUGCAAGACGAACUGGAGAACGAUGGGAUUGUACUAGAGCAAUCGCGCAAAGCCGCUGAUACCCCAAUUACUGGGGCGGAAAAACAUGCGGUGAAAAAGACGAAAGCGAAGAAGGCUUUGGAGUUGAAGAAACUCAACGAAAAAAUCGAUGCGAUCGCGGCGAUUGUGAAAGCGUCGGGGCGGUUUCAGUACUACACCGACAAAGCAAUGGAAAUCAGCAAGCACUUGUCCCUUGACGCAUUGGAAACCGUACGGGACUACUGUUGCGUAGAGCUGAAAGGGCGCGACGAGGACGAUUUUCAUAAUGCAAGUAAAGGUGGUCAGAAUUCUCAUUCUAGAAAACCCGCCGACAACGACCGUCAAACAAAAGCAGCAAUAAAGCGGAAACAGGAGUUUGCGAAAGCUUUUGGCGCCUGGCUUUGGAACUCCGAAUUUGUUUACGACAAUGCGAAGCCAAAACCCAGUGCGAACCACAAUCACCUGACGAUCGAAAAUGCCGGGUCAUUGAUGAAGCGAUUGUUUGCGCCGGAGGACGAGCGAAGGAGCUGCGGCCACGGCUACAUCUUCGAGGAUCCGCAGGCUGUGGACGUGGGGAAAAAGGUGGUAAGCACGAUUCGUGAAGACGAGGAUGAUGGUGAAUGCCGACCUGAAAUGGUGGAAAGUGAUUCUGAGGACGAGUGGGACCUGUUUCAAGAGUUCGACCAGCGAACGCUAAAGCAGCUGGCAAAUUAUAACGACAGCGCGGCGGCCAGGUCAGGCGAUAAUCCACCAGAAGUAGAGCAAAUAAAGCAGAAAACAAGCAAAAGUAGCGGUCAGAAAGUCAAAGCGCGGGCGAAGCUGGUAGAAAAAAUCAAGCAAAAGAAAGGCGCGACGGGAACCACAGAAGAAGUAGAACGGCUAAAUAAAGCAGACGUGGACAGCACGAUCACGACGAAGGAAGCUGCAAAUAAAUCUCAGGAGUCGCUACCACCAGCCACGACUUCAGGUGCGGCGGGUUUGCGCGUCUCACAAGCGUCACUUCUGGAAGAACUCUUCCCGCUGCUGUUCGAAUGCGAGCUGCAGGAGCAGCAGCAGUGCGAACACGAAGUAGACGAUGACGCAAAGACGGAGAGCACCGCGACACCGUCUGCGACACCUACGAAAAUAACGACAACGGCUGGCGUUGACAGCUCCUCUUUAGUGGUCCCGUCUCAGUCUACUCACCAAGUUCUACAUCAAGUAGAAGAAAAGUCUCGAAUUUUCGCAACCAAACCUAGUCACGACCUGCUCCCAAACCUCCACCAUUCCCUCACGAAAGCAGAAGACGAAAUCGGCGCGGUGCUUUGGCGCGACGGGUGCGACCGCAUGUUGAGCUUCCUGUCAACAGUCACGCCGAGUUGGAAGGACAUUUCCGUCAUCGAACUCGGCGCCGGCUGUGGCUAUGUGGGUCUCGCGUUGGCAAGUGAAGGGGCGGAGGUUUGUCUCACCGACCUGCCGGAAAUGGUGCCGCAGAUGAAAAUUGGCCAGUAUUUGAGUCUCAAAUCCUGUCCGAAUAUGUGGGCGGAAUGUUUGGUAGCAGCUUCUCAUGGUGGCAGAGGCGUAGGCUCCUCCAAUACAGCUCCGUCUUUCGGCUCGGAGAUCGAAGCUGCGAUCCGGGAAGGCAGCAGGAACAAAGGAGCUGUCGCUGCCACGACAAAAAUGCCUGAGCCAACAACUGCACCACCAUCUACCUCGUCCCGCGGCCAGCCGAUCAUAGAAUACCGGCCCAAAGUGCGUGUCGAGGCGUGCGACUGGCGGGAGGAGAAGAUUCCGACGAACCCGAACGGAAAUCAACAAGAUGGCUUCCAGUACGUCAUCUGCUGCGAGGUGCUCUACGGAGGAACCGAGGGCCGGAAAGCGUGGCCGGGACUGAAAUCGAUUCUCGUGCAACUGGGGCAGAAGAAGGAUUUCCGAGCGGUGUUUCUGACCGUGAAUUUGCGGGUGGAGAGAGAGGAUAUCGACUGCUUUUUGGGAAUGAUCAAAGAGGAAUUCAAAGUGAUCAAAAAACUCGAUAAUUCUUCUGCGGAUAAUGUUGCCGCAAGAAGUGGUAAAGAUAAAGAAUGUAGAAGUACUUCUGACGGUAGGUCCCGCUCCGCUGAGGUAGAGGUUCUUGGCGCAGCUUCUUUGACCGACUUCGGUAUCGAAACAUACGCUUUUGCACACGACGAAAAGAAAAUUUUCUGCUGCUCGACUUAAAGGACGUUGUUGCGAACGACAUCUCGAUGCACUCAAACCUUCUAAUAGCAUCAAACAUCACGGGUUUCGAUACCUGCUUCCGAU